AUACGUACUAAGUUCUAUAAUAGUAUUCUAAAACAUAAAUAACGCUGAAAACGUUGGACGCAUUUAACAAAAAAAAAAAAAAGAGACGUACAUUAUUUCAAAUUAUAAUAAUGAUUUUUUUCAAAAAAGAAGAAGAAUUUAAAAAAAAUCCUGAACUAAAAGACGAAGAUUUAAACCAUCUCAAAGAAUGGCUGUCUAAACAACCUCAUCUUCCUCAUGUUAAUGAUGAACAGCUUAUAUUAUUUUUGCAUAGUUGUUUUUAUCGAUUGGAAUCAACUAAAGCAACAAUAGAAUCGUAUUUUACCUUACGGACACAUUCACCUGAAUUAUUUACAAAGAGAGACAGUGAUCUAAAAAAUGUUUCAGAUGCUUUUUCAAUUAUAAAUUUUUGUUUAUUAUCUGAAUCAACGCCAGAAGGAGAUAGAGUUGUUCUAAUACAAGGAAAAGAAUUAGAUCCAGAAUGUUUUGUAUUGCCAGAUUUUAUAAAGGCGCUAAGUAUGGUUUUGGAUAUGUUACUAAUGACUUCAGGAACUUUCAAUGGGCUUAUCAUAGUGUAUGAUAUGAAAGGUUUUACUCUUGGUCAUAUUGGUCGAAUGGGAAUUGGAAUGAUGAAAAAAUACAUUUUUUACUUACAGGAAGGUUUACAAGCCCGUUUGAAAGCUAUUCAUGUUAUUAAUACAGUUCCGAUUAUCGAUAUCAUAAACAACAUGAUAAAACCUUUUAUGAAGAAGGAAUUGGCGGAAAAGCAAUUCUAUCAUGUUGUUGGGUCAGAGGAUAUUUUUAAAUACAUACCAAGAAACAUAAUGCCAUCGGAUGUUGGAGGUACAGGAAAGUCUAUUGCCAUCAUAAGUGAUGAAACUUUUACAAAAGUAAAGGAAAUGAAAAGUUGGUUCAUUGAGGAAGAAAAAUUUAGAGUAAAUGAACAAAAAAGACCAGGUAAACCAAAAACUGAAAGUGAUUACUUUGGAAUGGACGGUUCAUUCAAAACUCUUAGUAUAGAUUAAAGUUAUUCAUCCAAAUUCUCCAGAGGAUUUUCCAAAACUGACAAUGAAUACAUAAAUUAAUGGUUUUCAGGGAAAUGUUGAGGUUUUCAUAUUUUUUUAACCAACACUUAUUAUUUGUUUUUAAAUGUUUUUGUUGUACUUAAUUGUUGAAUAACAUGCACUUUUUAACCAAAUUGAUGAUAAAUAAAAAGUGUCUUUGUUGUUGUUUUUAA